AUGCUUCGUCGCCUUGCUGUAGGCUCCAGUGUGCUGUUGCAUCUUCGGUUUGACGCAGCUGCAGGCGAGGUGGGGCGCCGUCCUGUCCGGUACAAGCGGCUCCCGAAUAGUAUGCAACCAAAGCCACUUGAGGAGAAGUUCACACCAUUCCCGCUGCCCAAGUAUGAUGAGGAUUUGGGUUACGGCCCUGUACGGUUGCGCAACAUUCCUGACAUUGAGAAGGCAAAAGAGCGACAACAACAGCGAGGCGCGGCACUCAUGGAGGCGGCUUUACGAGAUAGCGAAGACGCGAUGGAUCAGACGCACCUGCGAUUGAAAGAGGAAGGGUCCAUGCUGGCUUCUUCGUCUCAUGAUGCUUCUUCCUCUUUGGGUGCCACUGAGACAGGUGAAGACGAAGAUACCUUGGGUGGGUACACAGUUUCCCGCCAUUACCCUUUGAGCGACAGGCUGGAGUGUAACCGGUCGCUUGAGGAUCUUCUGUUGCAAUUUGUACGGCGCCCACACGUGGAGGCUCGCUGUGCCGCGUUGGCUGAUAUGGCCUCUACAAUUGCGAUUCGCAGCGAUGCAGAGCUGAUACGUAUGUUUGAGGAGGUGAGCAGUCCAUUUGCUUACGACGGCAGGGGACUGAACUUUCUUGUUACUACAGUUAAAAAGUUUGGUCGUCCAUACGGGGUCAGCAAUGCCCUUGUGACUGCCUACGUGAACUUGAUGAAUGCGGCUACCGUUACGUUUCUGCAUGAGCAGCCAGGACGUCUUUCCCGUUGUCCUGCGUUGACCAUUCAACUGCUCCAUUUUAUGGCCCUGAUUAAGGUUUUUGAACCCAAUAAAUGGUUUACGUUCUCGAACCACGCAUCAUCCAACCGUGCGGACUACAAGCACCCACGCGGGGUGAACCAAACAACGGCGUUUUGGGGAACUGGUGAGGAGAUUUUUGACGCCAUGGUGGAUCUGGUGCGCAGUGACGAGCACGUUGGGGUUCCCCACCUGCUGGAGUUAUGCACAGAUGAGCAGCUUGUGGACCUGUUAAAUGGUUUUUCAGCGGUGAUGCCAAACGGAGCACCUCUUGGUGGUGUCUUUAAUUCCAUUAUGGAGUAUUUUUUGCAGCGCGUGCGAAGUUAUGCGAAGAGGAACUUGACUGCGCAGGACUUUGCGACGGUAGAACGGAUGUAUCUGACCUCCGUUAUGGCGGAUGCGAGCAGUGAGGAAUUGUUGCAGCUUCUCUUGGCUGACAGUAGCUGUCCGCGGGGUCCUAAUUUCUUUGCAGCCCUUUCGCGGGGGCAGGCGACGGCCUUAAAUGAAAAGACACUUGACAUGUUGCAGAAGGCGAUUGACGUGGCCAGUGCCAAUCAUGACACCGCCGCGCUUUUGGCGCUGCUGGAAAGUGGCUCGGAGACGCUGCUUUCAAUGACAAAUAAGGAUCUUGCUCAGGAUUUCGCAAUGAGGAACCAUUUUGACUACCAUAUCUUGCGGUCCUUUCAGCACUUUGCUCUAGUGGCGGACCGUCUACGCACCGAGCAGUCAAGCAUCUCUGCUCGUAUUCCCUGCUCACUACGUGAUGUGCAGGCACAGUUGGUCGCCGCUAACACUACCAAGUUGCACUCUAUGGACGCACACACGGCAGCCUCUGUCACUUCCAUACCUCACUAUGUGUCACCCCAUCCCACCUGUCGCUUUUCACGUCCCUUGAUGACAAUGCUGUCGCAACUGGAAUAUCUCAAUAGUAUAGAUUCUGUCUUUUUGUUGCACUCUUCGCUGAUGUCAACCUCAACAGAUCAGCUUGUUUCUGCCGUGCGGCGGCUUCCGAGCGGGAAGGACAGCUUGAUUGUUUCUUUGAGUUGUCUCCGUGAACUGUCGGUGAAGGCGGCCACAAGUGCCAAGCCAAAGGAACGGGAGACUUGCGAGCGGGCACUGGAAAUUAUUGCAUACGAAGUUGAAAAGGGCCGAGUUGUGCUGCUGCCAUUUAGUGAGGAACUUCGUCUUCACGAUGCGGGGACCUACUGCGACGAGGAUCUCAUCCUUUGGACCAUCGCUGCCUUCUUCGCCAGAGAGAUGCCGCUGGUGAAGGUGCACACGCUGAUGCACAGUGACUGCACCGCACGCACGCCCUACCGAUUCCUCAAGGGUAGACAUAACCUUCUUGUCUCGUCUCGUUCAUUGUACGACAAGGAUGCACCGCUGCUGAGUGCACUGUACAGCAAGGAGUUAAGGCUUGUGACGCGGAACGUUAAAUUACGAACGGCAGUGCGUGAUCGCAAAUGCACCUUGUACCACUACAAUCCGAUACGAGCCAGGUUUGUGUACCGUCGUGAUAAGGCAAUGUUUGACAGGUAUCAUACGACUGCACGGCAUCUGGCGCCUGGAUUCAGUCGUGGGGCGCUGCAUCAUGACUGGCGCGGUCUUGGCGUGUACACGCCAGAUCACCCACAAGUGCCAUACCGUUCCCUCCCGUGGAAGUCUCGGGAAGUGACAUUGAGGGCGGCGUGA